ACUUACCCUGGGCCGAACUACAUACUUGCAAUACAAAAGCAGGCAUUACCACCUAGAACGCGCCUACCUAGAGACAUAUCAACCACUCGAUUGGAACUACAUCUCAAUUCUUACCAACAUGCUUUGCCAACUUUGUUCCAACCUUGAUAUUUUCAAUCUCUUGAGUUAUAGAAUUGAUAAAUACUGUGCCAGCUUCGAGGGCCCUGCAGAAUUCCAAAACAUCUUCUACUACAUGCCACGCGACUUGUUGCACCACACCCCCGGGGAACAUCUUGUCCCGUAUCACGAGGGACAUGAAAAUCUGAGCAAAAGUUCUGCAACAUGCGAUCUUUGCCGAGUUGUUUAUCAUACGAUAACCCCCACUUUGAACGUACUUGAACUGUUCGAACAGACAUUCGAUUACCCAUCAAAUGCAGCGUCAUACAAGCUUGCAUUUUGCGGCCAGGAAAGUGGGCAAGGGAUUCAGGUUGUUGGGUAUAGAGACGAGCAGUUUAGUAUACAUGCGAUCCUUGGAGCGAUUGGCUUUGCUGUUGAUCAAGGUGAGUAUGAAAGUCCUCUAUCUGAAGUCCUUGGGAGACGUAAGCUCCCAUCUUCACCGCAGUCGAAAGAUGGCCUCGAAUUCAUGCAGAAAUGGCUGUUAAAGUGUUCAUCCCAUCAUGGGCAUCAGCAUAUAUCCAAGUUAUUACCCACAAGGUUGCUGAGAUACGAUGAAACGACACAAACAGCCGUUCUUUGCAGCUCUGUCCCUGAAGAUACAACCUACGCUGCCCUCGGUCAUUGCUGGGGAUCAGUCCAGCCUCUGACACUGGCCACCAAUACAGCCCAGCAACUCUAUAACGGAAUGUCAAUCGAAGCUUUCCCACGAACAUUCCAGGAUGCAUUCUGGGUGACCCGAAAACUCAAUAUCCCUUAUCUGUGGAUUGAUAGUCUCUGUAUUGUUCAAGAUUCUAAUGAUGACUGGGUUCGCGAGUCAGCUCGGAUGUGCGACGUAUAUGGAAACGCACAUCUUACCAUCGCUGCUACCAAGUCCAAGGACAGCUCUGAAGGGUUUCUACGACCCAGAUCAGAGUCUUUCUAUACCGAAAUCCCUUUUCUGGGAGGCGAAGUUCCUGGAAAUGUUUCAAUCUUUCCUAUGCCGAAUAGUCACGUAGAGGCGCCGUAUCGAAUCCUCGAUCUUGACGAAGAUCCAUUAUCGAAACGCGCUUGGGCCUUCCAGGAACGCUACCUAUCCCCUCGAACAUUACAUUUCGCUCAUGCACAGAUGUACUUUGAAUGCGAAUCGGGCUUUCAGGCACAGGAGGGGUACACUACACCUACAAACCACCCACGACCGUUCAAUAUCCCCAAGAGAGAGGGGCGAGACCAAGACGAGAGACAAAUCAGGGUUGACUGGAACUUUAUGGUUACGAGAUAUACCCAGAGAUUCAUAACUAUGGAAAGCGAUAGGCUCCCAGCUUUGGGUGGCUUGGCUGCCCGCUUGUCUCUCGAAUUUGCCCAGCAGGGAUCGAACAGCGAGUAUCUUGCCGGAUUAUGGAAGGACAAUCUCUUCUGUGAUCUCUGCUGGUUUGUCCUAGAUCAACACCCAAAACGAAAGGACCCCACUACCUAUUCGGCGCCAAGUUGGUCCUGGGUUUCUAUGAAUUACCCAGUUCAUUAUCACUACCACGAUGAAUCAGAGAAUCUCGCAAUUUUGAGAGAGGCAAAGGUUAACUUGGAAAACGAUGUGAGUCCAUUUGGUAGAGUCACUGGUGGCUGGAUACGCCUGUCCGCCAUAUUUUACAUCCAUGCAGCGUGGACGACAAAAGCAUAAUGUUUUUUGUUGAGGAAGGUUCACGUUUUUGCAUCAAGGUGCACUGGGAUC